AUGUCAGGUGAUGAGGACGUUCUACUGACAGUAUCUCAACAAAAGUCUCUGGCUGAUUUCUGUGUUUUGAGAGAAUUGGGAAGUGGGUCUUAUUCUAACGUCUAUUUUGCUACCUCCAAGUCUGAUGGGCACAAAUAUGCGCUCAAGAUAUGCAGUAAAGAGCGUAUAUCCAGGGAGAGGAAGGUAAGUUGUCUUUACUGUAACGUGGCUAUCUAUGUUUUUAGUACAUAUUUGUAUGAUUUUUUAGUACUUCAUGAUGAUAUUUAUACUGUAAUUUAUAGUAUUUUAAUGUUAUUCUAUUAUAUAUUGUAGGUGAAGUCGGUAUUUCGUGAAAAGAAUGCAUUGAUGGUGUUAUCGACGGCUCAGAAGAAAAAGCCUUUUAUAGUGAUGUUGUACUGCACUUUCCAAGAUGAAUCUUCGUUGUAUUUUGUAUUGGGAUAUGCCGAACAUAAGGACCUGGCCGAGAAGAUGAUCAAGAUUAAGACGUUGGACUUGGACACAGUCAGAUUUGUGAUUUCGGAACUGAUUACGGCCAUAGGUGAGUAUUUACCCGCUGUUAUGCAGAGUUAGCUGUUUAAUAGGGGAUGUAUUAAUAGGUCUUUGUCAAAUUGAAUUUUAUUUUUUUAAAUUAAUGUUCCAGCUUAUUGUCACGAAAAUGGAAUCUUGCACAGAGAUAUAAAGCCAGGAAACAUGUUAAUCAAGGAUGACCAUCAUGUUAUGUUAGGCGAUUUUGGAGAGUGUAUUACUAUCGAGGAGAACGAAAAAACAAUUGCAUCUGAUAGCAACAGAAAGUGUUCUUUUGUAGGAUCUCAUUUGUAUGUUACGCCAGAAGUAAGUUGUAUCAAUGUGAAAAUGGGAUUAUAGACAACUUUAAUAUUUCAACUAAGAAAUCUAUUUUCUUUUUUUAGGUACUGCGCGGUCAAGCAGUGGACGAAACUUGUGAUUACUAUGCCGUGGGCUCAAUAAUAUUCGAGUUUAUAAUUGGAAAAGCCCCCCUUCCACGAUCUGUCAGAAUAUUUGGUCUUCCAGCGAAUCACCAAGAAUCUGUUUCAAUGGCCAGAAGACUUCCCAUGCCCUAAGGCAAAGUCAGCGAUCCUCGAGUUUCUGGAGCCGAAGAAAGAAGAUCGGCUUGGGUCGAAACACAAGAAUGGGUUUAGUGGCAUAAAAGAGCACGAGUACUUUACCGGAAUUGACUGGGACAACUUGUGGAGGCUGGACUCUCCACUGGCCAGGUACUACAAGAAGGAAGCGACUUGCGAUAUUGUCGAUGAUCCUCUUGACCAGUUUUGA